AUGCACCCUGAAGUGUACUAUUUUUUGUUAGAGUGGGUAUCUUCUUAUUUUUGUUAUGAGACGCAACCUUUAUUGCUACAAAACCAAUUAUCCAUUCAUAAAAAUAAGUAGAGUGAUUUAGGUGAUUUCGUGAAAUCUCGAAAUCACCGAAAUCGGUUCACAGGACGUCCAAUCGAACUGGUGCGUAAUACGCGCAUCUACUGUGCUUCUUCUGUCGACUCAACGCAUACUGAAAUUUGCAGUAGACCGCAGACCUGUAUCACGAAUGAGAAUAAUAGGCAGAUACGCUGUGUUGCCAAUUUGAGUAGAGCUUCCCGAAUUGUGGGGAAUUUAGAGUUAAGUAACUUUAUAAAGAUAAUAUUGAAGCUGAAUUCUGCUGGAGUAUAGAGCUACACCCAAGCAUAUAAAGAAGAUUGAAGGACAAUAGCAGCGGAGCAGUUCUAAUAAGUUCAGAAAAUAGGGAAGAUAUGUAUAUUAAUUCGGC